CUCAAAUAAAACAUAUGAGCAACUGGUGAUUCUUCCAGCAAGGUGUACCAAUUCGGUUCACAAAUAAACGCCUUAUUUUGUUGUAUACCAAACAAUUAGUUUUGAAAUACGGAAGAAAGCAUGCAUUAUUUAGUUUCUCUCACUAUAAUUUUUGGGCUCUGCUCAAUCAAGAGCCCAGUAGCGUCGACUGUCAGGUUACAUCAUCCUACAGACGACACUACGAACAAUGGCGUAGUGUUUGACGUAAAUAUCCUGCAGACUACCGACAUCCACGGCUGGAUCACAGGGCAUCGGCACCAGCCCACAUACAACUGCGACAUAGGUGACGUGUACUCGUUCACCACUCACAUGCGAGAGCUAGCCAACAACCGCAAUUCAUCGUUUAUGAUGUUCGACUCGGGCGAUCUGAUCGAGGGCACUGGCAUAAGCGAUGCCACCGAGAUGCAUGGCCUGUACAUCUUCAAAACUCUGACACAUCUGAACUACGACGGCUUGGCUGUGGGCAACCACGAUGUCGGGCACAAGGAUGUAACAAAGUACAUCCAUGAGACUUUCGCUCCGCACUGGGGAUCGAAUUAUAUCACGUCCAAUGUGCUGUGGGCAGAGAAUGGAAAACCACUCGGAGGCAGUCAAUAUCAAGUACAAACCACUCUGCCGGGUAUGCGUGUGCUCAAGUUGGGGUUCUUGUAUAAAUUUCUGGAACACACAUCGAAUGUGGUGGUUGUGCCUCCUGUGAAGAGUGUCAAGGAGGAGUACUUCCGCAAAGCAAUGGCCGAAGCAGUAGAUCUGAUAGUUGUGAUCAUGCAUAUAGCUCCUGACAUGGAGGAUAUGAACUACAUACACACCGCUAUUCGCCGAGCCCAGCCAGACGUUGCCAUUGCGUUCCUGGCAGGCCACUCCCAUGUGAUGCGAUUCCAUGCCGUUGACCAAAACGCAUUCGUUAUCCAGUCGGAUCAUUACCUGUACCACUUAGGUGUUGCGAAGUUCCUGCUCGUGGACGGGAAAAUCACACAUUUAUACCACAAACAAAUACGCUGCAAUCGCACGGCACUGGCGUCGUAUGUGGGAGAACCUACGAACGAGUUUCAACUGCCGGGUGGCUAUGCUUUGAAGAAAGACUUGGCCCGAUGGACAGAAGAAUUAAGCCUGGAUACGGUGGUUGGGCAAAUGCAGCACACCUAUAGCAAAUCGUUGCAGGUGUAUAACAAGUGGAGUCUCCGCAACCUCUUUGUGGAGCACGUCAUUCCGAAAACGCUAUUUGCCGAGACUCCGUUGAAGCACAAGCCGUUCUAUAUCUCAGGUGCUUUCUUCCUGAGAGAUAAUCUGUACCAAGGCAAUGUGACCGAGGCCGACAUCUACGCAGUCAUUCCUUUUACAGACAAGUUCCAUCAGUAUGAAGAAGUUCAAGGCACUGUGCUCAUCGCAUUGGUGCGCAAACUGUUAAGCAAGGCGAGCCAGAACUGGGGUGGACCCGCUUGGUUCGUGACCCAGGAAUGGAUCGAGCCUGACACCACCUACACAGUGGUGGGGACUGUGUACGAUUUCUUCAAAUUGGAUGCGCAGGUGAAGACCAUACCCGGAUGGACCGAAGUCUCAUCGAACAUCACCACAAUCUACGGCCCUCGAUCGGCACUGCACACAUACAUACAAAGAUCAAGCGUGCGCUCGGCUGUAGGUGCAUGAACAGCUAUCCUUUAGAAGUAGUAUCCUCUGCCUCGGAGGAAAUACGGUUUUACGCGGGAAAGUAACAGUUUUUUCUUGUUAGUAGAAGCCUGCUUUAUAGUUAAUUGCAAGUAGUAUAGUUUUCACUACGCAACUACCGAUACAAUGGCAAUAGCCUUGGGUAACCUAAUAAGAUGGCAACUUGUGUGAGCAUGGAUUUGCCCAUCGAUUGUAGUGUAUUCUGCGUGUUAUAAUACCCCAUGGGCUUGUAGAGAAAUUUUCUUAAUAACAGCACGCAUUUUACAACCAAGUGUGCUUUGUUACCUAGCAACUAGUUGUGUUCUUGCUGUCAUGGCAACCGAACGCACAGACAGCCAUGAAUAGUACUUCUACGAUGCUCUUUCAGUUGUGCACAUGAAUGAUCCUGAUAGCACACAGAGACACUUCAAGGGUCCGUGACGAUGCAUGGCCUUGACGCAAUGUCGACCCUGGUUGAUAUUUCCUUGUAUUAUCGAUAGCCCUGAUAUUAGAGUCAUAAUAUGCUUCAAAAGAUGUAACGAGAAAACUCCACGUGCACAAGUAUAUCGCAUAAGCUUCCAUUCCGAGAUAAUAGAUUAAUAAGAGCAUAGAGAACUCCGCUCAUAGCUCUUAGUUCAGGCGCGAAACUUCUGUUUCUUGGACUCGGCUAAGGCUGUACUUAUGACUAAUAAACUCAAGACAAUGGAUAACACCUGGACAUUCUGGGUUUACGCACAAUGUGCAGUCUAUAACAAUAAGAAUGGGGAUGACAAAGCAUAGUUCGUAACGCAGAAUAGUUUUGUUAACAUGUACAUAUAUAACCUGUUUCUUCUCCGUUACACGGAUGGGAUCCGGUGAACCAUCC